AUGGGCUCCCGCGGGCUGGGAGUCACCCCGGCAGACAUGGAUGCCUCACGCCUGGUGUUUGUGUCCGUCAAGGACGCCAAGCCCAAGCGCAAGGUGGCGGUGCCGAUUGGGGACGGCACCUCCUGGGAACAGUUCUGCAGCCAGGUCCAGACCAAGCUGAAGCUGAUGGGCAUCGAGGCGAUCUACCUGGCAUCCAGCGGAGAGCGCAUCACGCGCCUGGACCAGCUGCAGGACAUUGACGAGCUGUAUGUGGUGGAGGGCGCCGCGCCGCGCGGCGGCCACGGCUCGGCGGCGGGGCCCGACAGCGGCGGCGGCAACGGCUACCUUCAGUCACAGCCCACCAGCUACGUCAGCCGCAUGGGGGUGGCAGACACAGAGAUCACGGCAGAGCAGAGCGGGCAGCUGGACCCCGAUGCAGACGGCUCCAAGUAUGUGCGGCGCCAGACCUCCAUACAGCGCACCCUCAAGCGCGUCUUCCCCUCGCUCUUCCAGGGAGGCGGCUCGCUGCCCAUCACAACCAAGGACCUGGGCAGCGGCAUGAGCCCCGCGGUAGAGCAAGUGCGGCGGCGCAUCCGGCGGCGGCGGCGCGCCUGCGCCGACCCCCGAAACCUCCUCAUCCUCUUCACCCUCAUCUCCUGCCUGGGUACCGUACUCUUUGUCUACACCCGCACCGCGCAGGGCCUGCCCUGA